GUGAGUUAGGUUUGAACUGCUGUCAGGAUGAAGUGGUAGUUAGCUGGGUUGCAAUAGUUAGUGGUAGUUAGACAGGUUACUGCGGUGGUUCAGCAGCCGCUCGGGGGCGCCUCCCCUCGCUCUGACUCGGAGCAGCCUCGGCGCUCCGGAGUUCAGUCGGGAGACGCGGUGCUGGAGCCGGAGCUCAGCGCUCGCCAUGGCCCCGAGCAACUAAAGCUACCGGACCUUGAGAGAGAGGAGCAGCGGACAUCGCCUGGCUAUGGGCGAGCAGCCAAUCUUCACCAGCAAAGCCCACGUCUUCCAGAUUGACCCCAGCACCAAGAGGAACUGGCUCCCGGCCAGCAAGCACCCACUUACCGUCUCCUAUUUCUACGAUGGGUCAAGGAACAGCUACCGCAUCAUCAGUGUGGAUGGAGCCAAGGUGAUCAUAAACAGCACAGUCACCCCAAACAUGAACUUCACCAAAACCUCCCAGAAGUUCGGCCAGUGGGCUGACAGCCGGGCCAACACCGUGUUCGGUCUCGGCUUCCCCUCCGAACAGCAGCUCAGCAAGUUUGCCGAGAAGUUUCAGGAAGUGAAAGAAGCGGCGAAAGUGGCUCGGGAACGGUCGCAGGAAAAGGCAGAGAGUGCCAGUACUCACUCGCACGUGGGUACCGGGGAGUCUGGCCACGAAGCCCCGACCUCGCCACAGGCAUCAAAUGUGAAUGGCACCGAGGAAGAGAAGGGGAGUCGCUCGCCCCCCAUUGAAUCCCUGUUAAAGAGCAACAAUCACCGCAUCAACCCGGUGAAGAAGUGGGAACAGGAGCUGCGGACUCUGGGCGAGAGCAACGCCCGGCUGAGCGCAGCGCUACAGGAGUCAGCCAGCACCGCCGAGCACUGGAGGAACCGGCUGCAGGGCUGCAAGGAGGAGGGAGACAGGCUGCGGGAGAAGAUCAUGGAACUGGAAGCUGAGAGCAUCGACAUCAACAAGGAGAGAGAGCAGAAUUCACGGCUCAGCCAGACGGUGCGGCUGCUGGAGGCUGAGAUUGCCGAGAAGGAGCAGGAGCUGGAGAGGCUGAGAGAGGAUGUGCAGGUCAUCCCGGGGCUCCUGCAGCAGUGCAAUUGUUUACAGCAACAGAUACAGAGUGCAGAGAACUCCAACGCCGAGUUGGAAAGCAGGUCCAAGACACUGAAGUGUAAUGUGGAGGAAAGCCAGCAGAAGUACGAAAACUUGCUGAAGGAUCUCACCACCUUCCUUGGGAUCCUUGAUGGAAAACUGGACGAGCUCCAUGGAUUUCGACAGGGACUUGCUAAACUGGGGAUGGACAAUUGACAAGGGGAGAGCCAGGAGAUGGGAGUGGCUGCAUUCAAAUACAGUUAAUGGUCAGCCAGUCACAGAUCCCCUUAUCCAGGUGGAUCUGCAGUCUCACCCUCUCCACACACACAAUAAGUCUUCAGUCUCAACACCUCCCCCACCCCCCCCCCAACCACCCAACACUGGAGUGCAUCUGCAGUCACCAGUUCCACCCUGAUGAAUACUAAUGAACUAUUGUAGAUGGUCUGGGAGUUUUGUGUCAUUGUUACUAAAACCAGCUGUUUUAUAAAUUCCAGAUUAUUAAAUGACCAA